UGUUUUAUCCAAUUCAAUUUUCCAAACCCUUUUGCGGAGAAAAAAAUAAAAUAAAAUCUAACUUGGGGGAACCCCACAAGAAACUCCAGCAUUCAAAGCACUUCAACAAAGAAACCAACCUCAUUGCACCAAAAUCAAACACCCGCAUUUCCCCUCAAUUUUUCUUCUUGAGCUUCCCAAUUCGUUUUCUCAAUCUUGCUGUUGCUGCAAGAAUUCAUAAUCACUCUAAAGAAACCGAGAAUUUCAUAUAAUCUUUCUUGGGUCGAUAAUUUAUUGGAAAGAAAGCGUUUUUUUUUUUUAUUAUUAAAAGUAGGGUAAGACUCAAGAAACUUUGAGGCCUGUUUUUUGGGCCUACCAAAAUUCAGAAUGAAUGUAGUAGGAAAAUUUGGAAACUUGAUAACAAAGGGUGUAUAUUCAGUUGCUACCCCUUUUCAUCCCUUUGGUGGUGCUGUUGAUGUCAUUGUUGUUCAGCAACAAGAUGGGACUUUUCGGAGCACGCCGUGGUAUGUUCGGUUCGGUAAAUUUCAGGGUGUUCUUAAAGGUGCCGAAAAGAUUGUUAAGAUAAAUGUUAAUGGGGUUGAAGCGAACUUUCAUAUGUAUCUUGAUAAUUCGGGGGAGGCUUAUUUUGUAAAAGAGGUGGAUGAGGAUGAUAAAGAAAGUGAGUCAAAUGUGGCUGCUGAAGCUGCUACUAACUUUGAAUCUUUAACAGAAGGCAGUGGUGUGAAAAUUGAUUACGAAAAUCUGAGUGUGGAUGAUAUUACUGGUCAUAGACUUGAGCAUACCGUAUCUGAUCCGGGGGUUCUUCAGUUGAAAGGUGAAGAUUGUUCCUCGGUUUUGCCAAAACUUCAGAAGGCGGAAUCUGAUAUUGGUAGGAGAUUUUACGAUUUUCAAGAUGAUCAGCCCACAAUUGAAGGUUCAGCUGAUUUGUUGGAAUACGGGAGUAGUCAAUAUGACAAUCUUGAUGGAGAGAAUUUUGUGGACUUGCAGGGUUCACUUCCGGAGGUGGUCUUGGUCAGUGUUGAUGGUCAUAUAUUGACAGCUCCUAUCUCAGAAUCAGAGCAGACUGAGGAGAAUUUGCAGUUAAAAAUUCCUCAGUUUCAUUUGGGACCAGGUGAAGGGACUGAAUUCUAUGAAGGAAAUGAGGAGUUUAGUACUGGCGAAGAUGCGUGCUCUACUGAUUAUGUUAGUCAGUUGGAUGCUUCAACAGCUGAUGUUCCAUCCAGUAUUUAUAGCUCUAAUAUUGGUAAGGAGGGACCUAGUUGUUACACAGAGGAAACUGAGACAGAAGAAGUUGCAUCAUGUACAAAGAGGGAUAGUGUCUUUAAAAGUUGUUUGGACUUGCAUGAACUUGCUCAGCAGCAGGCUGAAAAUGACAAUUCUCAAGAUGAAGGGUCCUCAUUGGUGGAUCAAAAUUCAGCAGGGGAAUCUAAUGAAAAUUGUUCAGUUGUUGAUGAAAAUGAACAAGAGAGAACCAAACAAUCUAGAAAUAUUGAUGAGGCAUCAACCCUUACACCUACUUCUGGCAGUGGUACUAACGAUACGGAAUGGAAUGAGAGUCAACAAAUCCUUGCACACGAAAGUACUAGUGAGGAAGAUAAGGUAAUGGUAUCUCAGACAACAACUUCCAAUGAUGGGGAUCAAAGUCAUUCUGGUUUGAGAUUUGAUAUCUCACUUUGUGGUCACGAACUUAAGGCGGGUAUGGGUUUUACCGCUGCUGCUGGAGUGUUUGAAGCACAUCAAAUAUCUGAAGAGGAAUUUAGAUGCUCUGCAGCAUCUAUAACUAAGAAUAAAAAUCUUGUUGUGAAGUUCAGAGAGAGGUAUCUUCUGUGGGAAAAGGCUGCUCCUCUUGUUCUCGGAACGGCUGCGUUUGAUUAUGACUUACCUGUUAACCCUGAAGAUACAAUUCCUGUUGGAGAGGAUGAUGUGUUGAAGUCCAGGGAUGAUAAUCCGGGACCAUCUUCAUCUGGACGUAGGUGGAGACUCUGGCCUAUGGCUUUUCGGAAAGUAAAGACAGUUGAGCACACUAGCGGCGAUGAAUCAAGCGAGGAUAUAUUUGUAGAUUCCGAAUCUGAUUUGCUAGGUUCUGUUGUCGAGCCAACUCCAAGCUCUGGUAGCCGUGAGUCUCCUCGCAAGCAAUUUGUUAGGACGAAUGUUGCUACUAAUGAGAUGGUAGCAUCAUUGAAUCUCAAAGAUGGUCAAAAUAUAGUAACAUUCAAUUUCUCUACGAGGGUUCUAGGAGCACAACAGGUUGAUGCUCAUAUUUACUUAUGGAAGUGGAAUGCAAGAAUUGUAAUUUCAGAUGUGGAUGGAACUAUUACCAAAUCUGAUGUUUUGGGGCAGUUCAUGCCUUUAGUUGGAAAAGAUUGGAACCAGACUGGUGUGGCAAGACUUUUCUCUGCUAUAAAGGAAAAUGGAUACCAGCUACUGUUUUUGAGUGCCCGUGCUAUUGUCCAGGCUUAUCUAACAAGGAACUUUUUGGUUAACCUGAAACAGGAUGGAAAAACCUUACCAAAUGGACCUGUUGUUAUUUCACCUGAUGGAUUAUUUCCCUCCCUUUACCGAGAAGUAAUAAGAAGAGCUCCUCAUGAGUUCAAGAUUGCUUGUCUAGAGGAUAUCAAAAGACUUUUCCCUUCCGAUUAUAACCCGUUCUACGCGGGGUUCGGCAAUAGAGACACAGAUGAACUUAGUUACAGUAAGAUAGGAAUUCCGAAGGGCAAAAUAUUUAUCAUUAAUCCUAAGGGCGAGGUGGCAAUAAGUCAUCGUAUCGAUGCGAAAUCUUAUACAUCCCUACACACACUCGUCAAUGACAUGUUCCCACCUACGUCUUUGCUUGAACAGGAGGACUUCAACUCUUGGAAUUAUUGGAGAAUGCCUUUCCCAGAAAUUGAUUAGUUCUAUGUUCAUUUUAGUUAAUUUUUUACUAGUAUUCUUUAACCGAAAUGCUAUAUGUUCAACCCACUACUUUGGCACAAAAUUGUGUCAUACUUGUAAAGUGUCUUACUAUACUCUGAAAGUCAUCAAUGUCAUACAAGUUUUUUAACGGUUC